CAAAAUUAAGUAAUACGGAGUACAAAAAUAAAAGGAUCUGCAAAUAAAAUCACAAAGAAGAAAAUGAAAAAAAAGAAUAAAGAGUGAGAAAAUUACGUGGAACACCCAACAGUGUACAGCCAGCCAGCCCAAUCCCCAUCACAUAUCACAUGCGAAAAACAAAUAAAAAACCAGGAAAAAAACUUUAUUUUCCAUUCCUAUUCCUCCCCGAAGCCGGCGACCACAGCCACCGCCCCCACGAACCACCCCACCUAUCCGUCCCCGGUGGCAUCGAUGGCGCGGCACGAGUCAUCGUCGUCGUCGGCGGCGGCGGCGGGUGUGAACUUCCACCUGCCGGACCAGAUCCUGGCCGUGAUCCCCACGGACCCGUACGAGCAGCUGGACGUGGCGCGCAAGAUCACCUCCAUGGCCAUCGCCUCCCGCAUCUCCUGCCUCGAGGCAGACGUCGCGCGCCUCCGUCGCGACCUCGCCGAUCGUGACCGCACCGAGGCCGACCUCCGCGCUCGCCUCGCCGACUCCGACGCACGCCUCCUGGCCGCCCUCGACGAGAACGCGAAGCUGGCGAAGGAGAGGGACACGCUCGCCGCGACGGCCAAGAAGCUGGCGAGGAACUUGGCAAAACUGGAGGCAUUUAAGAAACAGUUGAUGAAAUCAUUGAGCGAAGAUAAUUUAUUGCAGUUGUCCGAAACCGGUCAGGACCAUGAUGCAGAAGAUAAUUUGACUGCUCGAUUACCCUCUUGGAAAGAUGAAGUUUCAAGCAGUCACACUUCUUCAGAAGCUUCCAGCAGAUCUACACUUACUGAAUCCGCCCAUGGUGGAGGAUACCAGUUCCCAAUCACAUCAUACAUACCUCCAAAACUAACUCCUGGUUCAACACUUAUGAUUUCAUCCUCUGGUGGUUCCCCCCCAGCAUAUUCAACUGCCCCAUCCUCUCCCAAGUUUUUAUCUGGUCCAACUUCUCCUACAAGAUCUCGAUCUGAGAGCCAAUCGACAUUUUCAUCAUGGCAAGGAUCGUCAAGUCAUCAGUAUUCAGCACCCACCUCUCCUCCGCGACGCCGCUCAUUCACAGGGCGGCCUCGUAUAGAUGGAAAGGAAUUCUUUCGACAAGCACGGACAAGGCUUUCUUAUGAGCAAUUUGGAGCAUUUUUGGCAAAUAUCAAGGAGUUCAAUGCUCAGAAACAAUCGCGAGAGGACACCCUAUCAAAAGCAGAAGAGAUUUUUGGAACAGAGCACAAAGACUUGUAUAUUUCUUUCCAGAACAUGCUUCAUCGCAACCAAUAAUGAACAUUUGUCACCGGCUGAUGUACCUUUUCUCUUAAACAAGCAGGGAAGCAAAUUGUCGGAAUAAAACUACUGUUCUUUCGAAGGUCCCAAUAUCAAAUUUCCAGAGAUCUGUAUAUAGGCCACCUUAAUUUGAGCUGUCCAUCCUCAAUAUUUUGAUGUAAAUGGACCUAAUGUAAAAAAAAAAAAAACCUCAUAGCUGUCGAGAUUUUGGU